AUGUUCAACAUCCUUCACUCUCGCUCUCACUCAACCAAACAUGGAAAAACAACACCACCAUCAUCAAGACUGCAACACUCCAAACUCCAUCAGAGCACAAUCACCAACCACCACCGGAACCUGCUGCAACUGCGACGGUCCCACGACAUUCCCACCACCGCCAGUAUCACCCGCCUUCUCAGAAAUAUCCCCACCACCAACUUACCGCCCCAUCCGCGCUCCGGCGAUCCCACCGGACCCACACUCCCAGCGCACAAUCAUCCUAUCUCCGGUCCCUCAGGCCCAACACGUCCUCACAGCAUCACACAACCUCCAGCGCUAACCCCUUCCACCUCCUUCCUCAACAAACUCCCUCUGCCUAUGUUUCUUUUGGAUCAUAACGAUCCUUCAAAGCUUGUGUUUUUCUAUCAGGGAUCUGGAAUGCAGCUUGGUGCUGAGGGUUUUACUGUUGGAUUCUUGUAUACACUUGCGGGUUUGCUUUUGGCGUUUAUGAGCCAUGGGCUUGUUAAUGUCAAGAGUGUUAAGGUGCAGAGGGUGGUUAUGAUUUUUGCGUUGUUGGUUUGUUUUUUGGCUGUGAAGCAGGUUGUGUUUUUGGAUAAUUGGAAGACUGGAUAUGGGAUUCAUGGAUAUUGA